AUGUCUCCCAGAAACGAAGGCAUUCUCGACAGCAAGGAGUGGGAUGAGGUCAAGCCCACCUGGUGCGAGAAGUCCAAAUGGCUCGCUGAUGAUGUCGACUGGAAGCCUGCUACCCUCAUACGAACCAGGCGGCCAUCUCGACUGAACAUCUCCAGUCUAAGCAGCUUUUUUUGGCCCAUCAAAGACACCAAAAGCCCGGAAAAGCUCCGGCCUACGGCAUACCUCGACGGCUUGCGAGGUUUUGCUGCGUUCCUAGUGUACUGGCACCACAACCAACUCUGGGCACACGAGCCUCACGUCCAAAAUAGGAUUUUUGAAAACGCUUUUGGAUACGAAAACAAACAUCAUUUCAUCGCCUUGCCCGGUAUCCGACACCUGUUUACUGGAGGCCAUUUCGCAGUAUCAGUGUUCUUCGUCAUAUCCGGCUAUGUUCUCUCCGCGAAACCUCUGAGCUUGAUCCAAUCUGGAGAUCACGGAAAGCUGGCAGAAAUUGUCGCCUCAGCAUUAUUCAGGCGAUGGCUAAGACUCUACCUUCCAUUAAUGGCGACGACAUUUAUCUACAUGAGCUUUCUCCACAUGUUCGACAUUUGGGUCGACAACAUCGAACGUGCCUCAACCUGGAGAGAUGAUGUCUGGCUCUAUUACUGCGAGCUGAAGAACUUCAGCUUCAUCUUCACCACUGGAGGCAGUCCCUUCUUCAGCUGGAAUCCUCACCUUUGGUCCAUCCCAGUAGAGAUGAAGGGCUCGAUCAUCGUCUACACAUCGCUUCUCGCGUUCUCUAGAUGUACUAGAAAUGCUCGACUCUGGUGCGAAGCUGGCCUGGCCUUCUACUUCAUGUACAUUGCCGACGGAUGGUACGGAGCCAUGUUCAUCAUGGGCAUGAUGCUUUGCGACCUCGACCUCCUGGCGAAGAAGAAUGACCUUCCCGAUAUCUUCAAGAGAUUGGAACCCGCCAAAAUCUUCAUCUACUACCAUCUCUUCGCCCUUUCAAUGUAUCUGGGUGGCGUCCCAUCUUACACCGGCGAUGUCAAUAAGAUGCGUGAGAAUCGCGGGUGGUACUACCUGUCUCUACUCAAGCCGCAAGCCGCCUACGACUACAAGUGGUUCUACCUCUUUUGGGCCGCCAUUCUGCUAGUGUCUGCGGUUCCGCGAAUCUGGUGGCUGAAGAAGUUCUUCGAGACUCGCUUCUGCCAAUACCUCGGGCGAAUCUCCUACGCCCUCUACUUGGUCCACGGACCUGUCCUGGGGACGUUGGGAGACCGCCUCUACACAGCUGCUGGCUACUACAAGGACUCAGAGCGGCAGCAUCUUGCGCACUUGGUCGAUAGGUUUCCGUUACCCAAGGCCGGCCCCCUCGGCUUGGAACCGGCCUUCCUCAUUCCUCAUCUGAUCAUACUACCUGUCACUUUUUGGUUUGCUGAGAUCGUCACGAGAUUCAUCGAUGAGCCUAGCGUCAGGGCUGCUCAAUGGCUUUACAGAAGAACCCUACCAACACCACCGGCAAAAAUUUGA